CAGACAAGCUGUGCCCCCACCUGCAGACCCUGAGCUCGCCAAGAGGAUCCGCACCAUGGCAGAGUACUGCGCGCGAAACCCUGACAUGGAGCGGCUGGUGCGUCAGCGGGACGGAGCAGACCCUCGUUUUUCCUUCUUGUCUGGAGGCGAGGGUUUUGAGUACUACAGGUACUUGCUGAGCUGCGUGGAGAAGGGCGGCGAGGGUUCUUCGGGACCGCCGCCUCCGCCGCCGCCGCCGCCUCCCCCGCAGCAGCAGCAGCAGCAGCAGCAACAGCAGCAGCAGCAGCAGCAGGCGGUGCUGUACAAGCAGCAGCAGCACAAAACCCCCUUAUCUGCUGCUCGAGAUAAAGAGCUGCAGGGGGUUUUGGAAACCCUAGAAACAGCAGCAACAGCAGAGCACAUUCGCGCGGCCAGGCGCUGGGCGGAGGUUUGCUGCAGCAGCAGCAGCAGCAGCAGCAGCAGCGGCAGCGGGGAGCCAGAUCCUGCUGCUGCAGCAGCACUUGCUGCUGCGCUGUACAGACACCAGAAAACCCUCAAAACCCAAACCCAUAAACUCCACGUCCUCUACUUGGCCCACGACAUUGUCCAGAAUGAAGCUGUCAACAACCGCAGCAGCGCGGUUUGCGCAGCCUUUAGGGUUUACCUCCCGUGGCUGGCGCGCGAGGCUUACCAAGGGGCGGACUCGGAGACGCAGCAAAAGGUCGAGCGGGUCCUGGCCCUGUGGGUGGAAAGAGGGGUUUUGGGAAAAGAUGAUCGAAGAGAAAUUUCUUUUUUAAUUCGAAUGCCGCAGCAGCAAGUGCAGCAAAUCCUAAACCCUAAACCCGAAGCAGAAACCAUAUCGAUUCUGGCGGCGCUCCAGACUCGCCACAUGCACGCGGCCUUCGUUCCAUAUCGGCCCCUUGACCCUCUAGCAACUCCCCAAACCGCUCCUCCUGUGGAGCCGCCGUCGGAGUAUCUGUCGGAUCGUCUCCAGGACUUCUACGAGGACUUGGAGCACAUUGAAGAGAACUUCCGGAGAAAGAUGAACAAGCCGUAA